UUAUUUUUAUUCGGAACGUCACUUCGACCGGUUUAAAACAUACAAAUUAUACGUAGAAAAUUUUAAGUUAUAUUAUGGCUUUGAAUAAAAUUGAUACAAAUAUUUCAAAACAAUUAAAUCGCUGGCGCAAUGUGGUUAUUUUCAUGUGUCGACAAUCGAGAAAUGCUCACGUAGCUCAGCGGCCAUCGACAUCGGAGCAAGAAGUGACAAGCGAAGCAGCCAAAAAAGUGACCGACAGUUUGGUGUGGUCGAAAAACUCGCCAGUGAGCCUGCUUGUGGAAACCGCCCGGAAGCCACAGCACAAUAGGACACUCGAGCUGAAGAAAGCUGCUGCCCAGCUCAGCAGGAGCAAUGAGUCCCUUAAGGCGCACUUCAUACAGAAGCGAACCGAUCGCACUGCCGAGGAGUUUUUGGCCAAGGAGCCGCAGACGGCCAAAAAGCUUGCCAACUUGAUGUCCCUCAACAUCGCAAUGGUCGAGACGAAACGCCCGCGAUCUUCCAGUGCGCCACCCAGGGGUAUGGAAACGGAUCAUUCCACGAUGGGCACCAUCGACUUCAAGCCGCAAAGCAACCACAGUGUGCGAUGGCAGUAUAAAAAGACCUCCGAAAAGGAAACCACCGGGCUUGAGCCGAGCUUAAAAGAUGCGAAGGAUCGCCAGAAGAGCCCUCUGAAGAGCACUCAAAAGGUUGCAGAGCAACCAGUGGUUGCUGCUGAGCAUCCACAACAAAAAGCAUCUGAAGUGGAGAGUAAGCCAAGCAAAAACGAUAAAAUUACCAAGACCGUGAAUAAAUUGAAAAUAGGUUCCUUGACAAGUCUGAACUCGGAGGACAGGCAAGAUUGGCAAAAUAAUCUGCGUAAAGCGACUGAAACAAUUCAAGAACCGGUUUCUAAAAAUCCAAAUUCCCUGGCUAAAUGGAAAAUAGGUUCCAGGUCAAUCCCUCGUUUAGACAUUUAG